AUGAGCAUACCCUCAUCAUCGACUGCGGUGGAGAGCGUUAGAGCACCGGGCGAUUUCGAGGCUUGGGAGAGAUUGAAAGACGACUUUGCCAAAGCCGCUGAGCAGUAUGAGACGGAUGAUAUUGCUGCCACGCUCCCCAUGCUCCGCCAGGUGCUCUCAGAAUGUCACAGAUUCCUAAUACAGUACGACGAUCCCUCCGUGCUGUUUGUGAGUGAGACGACCGAUGUCGAGCCCUCACCGCAAUUAUUCACUCCCUCCGAAGAGCGCUUAGCGCGCGACUGGGGCUUCAACAACGACGAGGACGGAUUCUUCGCGCGCCCAAUAAUAUCGUAUCGCAGGGGAGAGUUGACAACAGCCUUCCAUGCCAUUCUAGGCAUUACCCUGUUUCUGUUCGGGAACCUUGUCGCCCAAGAUUCAUCAUUAGUACUCAAGAAUGAGCCCAGCAAUGCUACAGACUACUGGCUUGCUGCACUGGACGUCUUCGAGACUGGCGAGAACCUGCCCAGCCGGACAGCUGGUCGGUCGGAGGCAGAGGACUGGCGGAUGGCCAUCGUCUGGGGUCGGACGCUUGUCUGUCUAGCCGAUGAGAAGAUAUCGCGGUCGCGACAAGCCCGUAAGGAAGCUGAAGAAGCCGGGACCGAAUACUCCUCUUUCAUGUGCUACGACGCAUUCAUGGCUGAAGAACCUAAAUGGCCCGCAGACUCAAUAUUUCACGCUAUUGCCCAGCGCAGACCACCCGUCACUCGACGCAUGUCUCUGACGUAUGCGUCGGCGAACGAUGUCCUUACACUUGCAAUGGACCAGUUCUCGCGCGGCAUCUUCCACAUGCCACACGCGCAAAGCUCACAUUCACAUCACUUCCAUUGCAGCUCGUCGUCAACACACAAUCCCGAAUCCUCGUCCUUCUCCCGCCCAAAGGAGCUCUUCACCAUCGCCUCCGAGGUCCUCGGCGUCGCCGAGCGGCUCGAGGCCGCACCCGAGCGCCAGUACUGGGCGUCUUGGGCGGACUCGGUGUUCAACCAGAUGAAGAUGGAGGUGGACAUGGACGCGUGGCGCGGGCCGAUCACGUCCGCGCGCGGGCGGUGCUGGCUCAUCAUGGGCUCGGCGAAGGUCGAGGAGCUCGAGAGCGCGCUCGAGCGGGGCGACGAGGCGGUGCUACGCUCGGAGGAUGCGGAGGAGGCGCGCGAGGGCCUUGCGAUGGCGAUAUCGUUUUUUGAGCGUGCGAAGGGAUCAAGGACGUCGACGAUGCUGAGCGAGGAGGACGAGGAUCUGCAGAGCCUGCUCGCGGAGGCGCUGUUGACGCUGGCGAAUCUUACCAUCGACAAUAAUAAGCGCGAGGAGCUGUAUUCGCGCGCGCAGGCGGAGGGCGGUAACCAGGUCGUGCUCGAGCUGGACCGCGCGAGGGAGGAGGGCGACGUGUACAUGGACGAGAGUUAG